AGUAGCCACCAUUGGUGUCUCGGACUCUCGGCUCGGUGGAACGCAACGCAUUGCGACCGACCCGCCCACUCUCUCCACGACUCAAUCGCUAGACUAGAGAGAGAAACCCUUGUACCCGUGUUCCUUUUCAUCCCCCAUUUUCUCCGAGUUUCCGGCCCAUCGCCGAGCAUCGAGUCCAAGGAAGCGGAGCCGGCGGAGAAGGGGAGAUUUGACUUUCCCGUCGGGUGCCUAGGGAGCAGGAGGGAUGCAGCGGCGGCGGGGCCACACGUGGGCAGGGGUGGGGAAGACGGCCCAGGCGGCGGCGGCGCACGCCGCGCUCUUCUGCUUCACUCUCCUCCUCGCGCUCAGGGUCGACGGACGCACCGCAUACUCCUGGUGGAUAAUAUUCAGUCCACUAUGGCUCUUUCAUGGUAUUGUUGCACGCGGAAGGUUUUCAAUGCCUGCCCCUUCUUUGCCUCAUGGCCGUCAUUGGGCACCAUGUCAUUCGAUUGUUGCGGCGCCUUUACUAAUUGCGUUCGAGCUGCUUCUUUGUAUAUAUCUUGAAAGCAUAAGAGUUAGAAAUCAUCCAUCUGUUGAUCUGAAGAUUGUGUUCCUUCCCCUGUUGGCCUUUGAAGCAAUAAUCCUUAUUGACAAUUUUAGAAUGUGUAGAGCUUUAAUGCCUGGGGAUGAAGAAAGCAUGAGUGAUGAAGCUAUUUGGGAGACACUUCCUCAUUUUUGGGUUUCAAUUUCAAUGGUGUUUCUUAUAGCUGCUACAACAUUCACCCUUCUCAAGCUGUCUGGUGAUGUUGGUGCUUUGGGAUGGUGGGAUUUGUUUAUAAAUUAUGGGAUUGCAGAAUGCUUUGCAUUUCUUGUCUGUACAAGAUGGUUUAAUCCCAUGAUUCACAAGUCUCCCACUCAUGGGGAGGCUAGCUCAUCAUCAGCGAUUAGAUACCGUGAUUGGGAAAGUGGUCUUGUCCUCCCAUCACUAGAAGAUCAUGAACAAGAGAGGCUUUGUGGUCUACCUGAUAUUGGGGGUCAUGUAAUGAAAAUACCUCUUGUGGCUUUCCAAGUAUUGCUUUGUAUGCGGUUGGAGGGUACACCACCAAGUGCUCGCAACAUUCCAAUAUUUGCUCUUUUCUCGCCACUAUUUAUUCUGCAAGGUGCUGGUGCCUUUUUCUCUCUAGCAAGAUUAGUGGAGAAGGUUGUUCUGCUAUUGCGCAAUGGACCAGUUAGUCCUAAUUACCUUACAGUCUCAUCAAAAGUUCGUGAUUGCUUUGCUUUUCUUCAUCAUGGUUCAAGGCUUCUUGGUUGGUGGUCUAUUGAUGAAGGGAGCAAGGAGGAACAAGCCCGGUUGUUCUAUACUGAAUCUACUGGGUACAAUACAUUUUGUGGCUAUCCACCAGAAGUGGUUAGGAAAAUGCCUAAAAAGGACCUUGCAGAAGAGGUUUGGAGGCUGCAGGCAGCGUUGGGAGAACAAUCUGAAAUCACCAAGUGUACCAAACAGGAAUAUGAAAGGCUUCAAAAUGAGAAGGUUCUUUGUAGGGUUUGCUACGAGGGAGAGAUAUGCAUGGUGCUUCUUCCCUGCCGGCACAGAACUUUAUGCAAAUCUUGUGCUGAGAAAUGCAAGAAGUGUCCUAUCUGCCGUGUCCCAAUUGAAGAACGCAUGCCUGUAUAUGAUGUUUAAACCUCACUAACUCAGCUUAACAUUCAAAUUUGUACAUAUGGGUUCUGUCAUGCUGUGCAUUUAGUCUCGAUCACAACUUUAAGCUGAUUGAGGUGUGCGUUUCAGAAAAAAAGUCUACAAUAUGUGUAUAUCAUGCCAUGUCUAACCAAAAGCAUGGAAAGGUGGCUGAUGAGCAUUUUGCCAUUUCGGUCCAGUUAUCUACUGUAAGUAUGUGGUCAGUGUAUUCCCCUUUUGUGAUUGGUAGAUGAGUCAGUCUUGUUUGCGUAGCAGCAUUUUCUCAGGGUUAUGCAGUUGUUGAGAAGAAAGUAGAACAAAAACAGACUGUAAAUAAAAAAAUACUGCCUUUUUUAAAUGUAAUCCUCAAGUGU